CCCCUCCUUCCACUCACCUCUCCCACCGCGCCGGGCUGAAUGGCCUACCCAUACGACGCCCGCCUGGAGGAGCCUGCGGUUAUUCAGAGCCGCGAGUCUCAGUGACUCGCCCUCCUUCUGUCAGGAACCCUCCGCGGGCUCGCGCGGGAGGAGCGGGACCUUUGAGGGGAGCGGCGACCCCGCCGGCCCCGGUCUCUUUCCCUGGCGGCAGCGGCUUCUUCCGUGGGACAAUAUGUUCAAGAGAAUGGCCGAAUUUGGGCCUGACUCCGGCGGGAGAGUGAAGGGGGUUACUAUCGUUAAACCAAUAGUUUAUGGUAAUGUUGCUCGAUAUUUUGGGAAGAAAAGAGAAGAAGAUGGGCACACCCAUCAAUGGACAGUAUAUGUAAAACCAUAUAGAAAUGAGGAUAUGUCAGCAUAUGUGAAGAAAAUCCAGUUUAAAUUACAUGAAAGCUAUGGCAAUCCUUUAAGAGUUGUUACUAAGCCUCCAUAUGAAAUUACUGAAACAGGAUGGGGUGAAUUCGAAAUAAUCAUCAAAAUUUUCAUUGACCCUAAUGAAAGACCUGUAACCCUAUAUCAUUUAUUAAAGCUGUUCCAAUCAGACACUAAUGCAAUGCUAGAAAAGACAGUGGUUUCAGAGUUCUACGAUGAAAUGAUAUUUCAAGACCCAACAGCAAUGAUGCAACAAUUAUUAACAACAUCUCGUCAGCUAACAUUAGGAGCCUAUAAACAUGAAACAGAAUUUGCAGAACUUGAAGUGAAAACCAGAAAAUUAGAAGCUGCCAAGAAAAAAACAAGCUUUGAAAUUGCAGAGCUUAAGGAGAGAUUAAAAGCAAGUCGUGAAACUAUAAAUUGUUUAAAAAAUGAAAUCAGGAAACUUGAAGAAGAUGAUCAGACAAAAGACAUAUGAACAGUUCUGAGGAGAACUUGGGGGUAAGCUAAAUUGAAAGUAAGGUGGAGAAAUGAACUUCAGUGGAGAGAUGAACUUACUGCAAAUGCUGUGAUGUUUCUUAGAGGAACUGUAUAUAUGUUGACCAUGGAUUUCUCAGCAACAAUGUCAAGGCAUUUGUUCUAUUCAAGCAAUCUUUAAUAGCAAAUAGAUGUGUAUGAUAGGAAUGGAUGCUGGGCAUUUUACAGACCCAUUUUAGGGAAAAUGUACGAUAAGCACAAUUUUUAAAAAUUUUAUUGGAGUAUAUGUAUAGCUUAUUUUCCUUUUGACAAGCAUCAAAAUUUCAUUAUAAAGUAUAACUUAUACAAAUUUUGUACUUCUCUAGUAGUUGUAAUUAGUGGUAAGUAUGUAUAUUUCAUUUCUUCAAGUUCUUACCUGCUCCCAUUCUACCUCUUUUGUAUAUAAUGUGCCCAGUAAGUUAUUCAAUAAAUGUAUGUUAUAGGUCCUA